GAUGGAAGGAGGAGGAAGAUGGACGGUUGACCUGGUGAGGCUGUCUCCCACAACCGCUGACUGUUCCCCUCCAGGACCCUCAGAGUGCUCUGGAAGGAUGACAGAGUCUGAUCCUGCAAACCUAGCUAGGAUGGAAGGAGGAAGAUGGACGGUUGACCUGGUCAGGCUGUCUCCCACAACCUCUGACCGUUCCCCUCCAGGACCCUCAGAGAGAUCUGAUCUAGCGAGGAUGGAAGGGGGAAGAUGGACGGUUGACCUGGUCAGGCUGUCUCCCACAACCUUUGAAUGUUCCCUCCCAGGAUCCUCAGUGGGAUCUGCAGGUGAUGAACAGGACAGUCAUCGUUCUUCGGGCUCAUCAGAAAGAACCAAGCAUGAAGUCAAAGGAAGGACCUUUCAAGAUCAAGAGGAAACAAGAUCACAGAUGAAAAGCCUAGAAGAAAAUGGGAGGAAUAAAGGCCUUCUAAUGCAGACUAAUAACAGCCAUCAAAUCACCGUCCAGAAAAAACAUCACAAGGGGAAGAGAACAAAUGAUAGCCCUUUAUGUGGCAAAACAUUCAAAGGUAAAUCUAGCUUGAACUCACACUGCAGAAACCACACAGAGGAGAAACCGUGUAAAUGCUUGGUGUGUGGAAAGAACUUCAGUGACAGCUCAGGCCUAAAAUCACAUGAAAGAAUUCACGCAGGACAGGAAUCCUAUGAAUGCCUAGAAUGUGGAAAGAGUUUCAGUUGUUACUCAUACCUUAAAAAACAUCACAAAGUCCACAAUGAGGAGAAGCCGUAUACCUGUUUUGAGUGUGGAAAAAACUUCAAUCACAGCUCAAGCUUUACAUCACAUCAAAGAAUUCACACAGGGGAGAAGCCGUAUAAAUGUUGGGAGUGCGGAAUGAGAUUUCGUUACAGCACAAACCUUACAACGCACCAAAGAAUUCACACUGGGGAGAAAUCUUAUAAAUGUUUGGAGUGCGGAAGAAGCUUUGCUCACAGUGCUAGCCUUACUUCACAUAAGAGAACACACACAGGGGAGAAACCAUAUAAAUGCCUGGAAUGUGGAAAGAGCUUCAGUCAGCAUGCACACCUUGCUUCACAUAAGAGAACUCACACUGGUGAGAAGCCAUAUAAAUGUUUUGAGUGUGGGAACAGCUUCAGUCAGAGUUCACACCUUACUGUGCAUGAGCGAAUCCAUACAGGGGAAAAACCAUAUAAAUGUGUGACAUGUGGAAAGAGCUUUAGUAACCACACAUACCUUGUUAGCCAUCGCAGAAUCCAUACAGAAGAGAAGCCAUAUAAGUGCUUUGAGUGUGGAAAGAGCUUCAGGCAGGAUACAGGCCUUCGUCUACAUCAAAAAAUUCACAGAGGUGAAAAACCGUAUACAUGUUUUGAGUGUGGAAAGAGCUUCAGUUACAGCCCAGGCCUUACAUCGCAUCUAAAAAUUCACACAGGGGAGAAACCGUAUACCUGUUCUGAGUGUGGAAAAAGCUUCACUCGCAGCCCAGGCCUUACAUCGCAUCUAAAAAUUCACACAGGGGAGAAACCGUAUACCUGUUCUGAGUGUGGAAAAAGGUUUGCUCACAGUGCUAGCCUUAUUCCACAUAAGAGAACCCACACAGGGGAGAAACCAUAUAAAUGCUUGGAAUGUGGAAAGAGCUUCAUUCAGAGUGCACACCUUACUGUGCAUAAGCAAAUCCAUAAGUGAAACAACCAGUUAAUUGUUUGACAUGUGGGAAGAGUUUCUGUACUAACACAUAACUUACUUACCAUCACAGGGUCCAUACAAGGGAGAAGCCAUAGAAGUGCUUUGUGUGUGGAAAAACCUUCAGCCAGAGUUCAAGCUUUAGUACACAUUUAA